UUGAAUCUUCACCAUGGAAACGAUUGCGACUGCUGCAGCCACGCCCCUUUGCAGACGUCCCGCGCCGGGCGGUGCACUUCCUGGUUACUCUGCUCUGCAUGUUGUUGAACUAUUGAUUAGGAAUGGUACAGUUUCUUCUGCGACGACACUGGAUCGGCAGGAUUCGUCUAGCGCUCACUUUCCUCGGACUCCCGUACACCGUCUGCUCGCCCGGAUUAAGGUCUGCCAUCUCCUGCUUAUCUACACAUCCUAUCAGAACUAGUCAAACCAUUAGACCCAUUAGUACCGGUUGGUGUAACCUCUUCAUGACCAGUGUCGGGACAAUGCCAUCCUCAGCAGCACCUCAUGUCAAGUCCAGAUGCCCCGAGUAUCCAGGGUCCAAAAUCCAGCGCUUCCCGGUGCCUGAUGACAAGGUGGACUGGAGUCAGGACUGGCCACUGUAUAAUCCAGUCAGCUACACUGACCCUUUAGUAGUAAAGAAGCCAGUAUGGGCCGAUCCUGAUAUAGAUGCUUUCUCUCCACAGUUCAACACUGUGGAUGGUGCCGUGGACAGGACAAGCUUUGAGGGCAGCUACAAAAUCGAAAACGGAAGGCCACUAAAUCCACAUGGGCGCACAGGGUUGUCUGGAAGAGGUUUGCUGGGACGAUGGGGACCCAAUCAUGCAGCAGAUCCCAUUGUUACCAGAUGGAAAGUAGAUGGUGAAGGAGAAAAGGUACAACACUCGGAGUCCAAACAGCCUAUCCUGCAAUUUGUGUCCAUAAAGAGGAAAGACUGUGGGGAGUGGGCCAUUCCUGGGGGGAUGGUAGAUCCAGGGGAGCAGGUCUCUCUCACGCUGCAACGGGAGUUCUCGGAAGAAGCCUUGAACUCGCUGGCUGUCCCGCCAUCAGAGAGAGCAGAAAUCCACAAGCGCAUCACCAAACUCUUUAAAUCGGCAGGGUUUGAGGUUUAUAAAGGCUACGUGGAUGAUCCUAGAAACACUGACAAUGCUUGGAUGGAGACAGUCGCUGUUAACUUCCAUGAUGACUCAGGCAACAGUGUGAGCGAGCUGCCGCUGCAAGCUGGCGAUGACGCAGGCCAAGUCCAGUGGGUUGAUGUUGACUCGUCCUUCCCGCUUUAUGCGAGUCACUCCCAUUUCCUAGAGCUGGUUGCCAAAGAGAGGAAAGCUCACUGGUGACCAAGGACAGACUUAAAUAGAUUGACAUAAUCUGUGUGCUGUGAAUGCUUGUGCAUUUAGGACACAUGACACCUAACAUUUUAUGAAUCUUCCCUCACUAAUUUAAACAUAAUAAUCGUACUUGUGAAUGUAUAAUUGUGAAAGCCUAAUAUGCAUCUCACUAGUUUGACACUCAUAUGUAUGUCCACCAUUCAAUGUACAACAACAUUGUUACUGUGCUGUUUUUAGAGUAAUUUAGUAGAAGUUUAAUGAAUGAAAGGUUGAAAAAGUGGCUCAUCUGAUGUUAAAAGGUGCGGAAUCAAAGUUUUCCAACAAUGCUAGAGCUGCUGUUCUUUUGUCACAGAAAAGGGGAAAAAAAGCUAACUGCUUGGCAGAAACCUAACAUGAGACUGUAAAAUGCAAGAUGCUGCUGGGUGGUAAACCACAUUAUUUGUGUUGGCACAAAUUAUGCUAAUUUAUUUAACGUUAACAAGGAUCACAUUAAGCCAGGGCGAUCACGGAAGAACAAACACAAUGAGCUGCUGAACACAACACAUACUACAUUAACUUAAGUGUGAUAAUGGAGGGGGGGGGGGGCAAUCAAAAUGAAAAAGUGCAGACUCACUUUGAUCUUUACAUGUGAAUAGAAUAUGAAGAAGUGCUGGAGCUCCCCACACUGCCCAGCAGUACACUGAAUCUGAGCAGCUGAGCUAGAGGACAAGCAUGUUUUCAAAUGGUAACGGACGGUGGAGGCAAAGGCCAUUUCACACUCAACAGCCUGCCCUUCCAAAAACGUUCACAUCGUUACGCGUCAUCUCACUGCCAAGCAUACUUUGCGAUACAGCAGGGAUGGAGAAUUACUCAUUAUCUGCCUGUAUCUGUUAGGAUUCUUGAUACAAACACUAACACACGGACACUUCUGUCAUCAACAGUCAACCAAGCUGAAUUUAGUUUAAAAAAAGAGAGAGCUGCAAAAUCGUUUGUAUCUUACUUUGCAUGUUCUGGCUGAAUUAACAGAUUUCAUAAGAUGUGAUGUGUGAAGGAGGAGGUGCCACAAAUACUGGUAGUCCUAUUUAUUUGCUCUCAUCACUGCUCAGGCCACAACCUGCAUGACAUGAUUUUCAGUUGUAUUUGAGUAUGACACCAGCAGCUGUGUGUGGGGAGACUCUGCUGUUCAAACCUCACUAUAAUACAGUUGUACAUUAUAUGGCAUAAUCCUAAAGAUCUUCACACCUAAGAUGCACAUUCAUGGUAGUCUCCCAGUUCUCCAAGGCCACUUACCAGCUCCACUGGAGCAUUUGUUGCAGGAAGGGAGAGUAUUUCCCAUCCAGAUUCCCCCAGUGGUAUUAUUCAAAUUGGCAACCUGCCAGUCUCAAAACCUUCUAACCUUUGCUUUCAAAGUUCUGAUUGAUUUUAUUAUUUUUCUGCCUAAUGUGGUUUUGGCUUGUUAUUGAAAGACAAAACUAAAUAAACAAUGGGAUGAGAGAGAGCUUUAUCACUGAGAUGCUGCACAACAGAAGUGAUCAAAUGAUUUAAACUGUAAUUAGUUUCAUUGUUAUGGCCAGUGUUUUGCUGGAUGGAUUGGAUUGUGUGUACAUGCUAUACCAUGAAAAUGAACCCAGAGGUGUCAACUUAAUAAACUUGCACUGACUAUCUUCAAA